CAGCGAAUCAUCAUUAGACUCGUCACUGUUUACCUAGGAAUUUUCUCUCCAUUUGAACACGUGGAUUUUCGUGAACACUCCAGAUCAUUCAUCCCCCCACUUUUUUUUAGAGGAGCGCAACAUAAAUAAUCCGAGUUUUGCGAUUGCAUUCUCAGUUGAAAACUUCAUCGUCAGUUAUAAACAGAAAUCAAUUGUGUCGAAUUCGUUUUUCUAAAUGAAAAAUAAAUCAAAAUAAAUCAAAACGAAUUGAAAAUAUUAAAAGUCAAAUAAAUAUUCAAACUGUGAAUUUUUUUUUCGAUUUUAAUUCCUUCAGUGAGUGAUAGAAAAUAAAAUCGAUUUUUGAAGAUCGGACAAACUUGAGAAAAAAAUUUUUUCCUUUUGCAAAUAAUUUGGAAAAAUGAGAACUCUACUUCCUUUAUUAUUGUCAGCCUGGUGGGCCGAUUUGGAUCGACCUCAUCUAUUCCUGGACCACCAAGAUAUGGCACUAAAUCGACGAUUUGAAAAUUUCAUGUUUCCCGAAUGGUCCAACAGAUUUUAUUUGCCCUCGAUUUUGGAUCGUCCAACAUCUUUAGAUAUUUUCGAUCGAAACUGGGCCGAUAUCUUAAGACCAAAAGAUAGAGGGUCAACAAUAAUAACGGCCGACAAGAAUAAUUUCCAAUUGAUUCUGGACGUUCAAAAUUUCAAGCCAAAUGAAAUUAAAGUGAAGAUGAUCGACAGAUUCGUGAUUAUUGAAGCCAAGCAUGAGAAGAAGGAGGAGAAUGAUAAAAAAUGCAAUAAUAUGCAUUUUAUCAAAAAAUACUUUGUACCAGAGCAAGUUGAUAUCGAACAAAUUAAAUCCACCCUAUCAACUGAUGGAAUUCUGAUGAUUACAGCGCCCAUUAAGAAGGUAUCCGAAGAGGAAAAGAAAGAAACAUUAAUUCCCAUAGAGGAGACCGGAAAACCUGCAAUUUCAGAAAAAGUCAAACAACCAGAAGUGGAAAAAAAUUCAGAAAGCAAUUCAGAAAACAAUUCAGAAAACAAUUCAGCAAACAAUUCAGAAAACAAUUCAGAGAAAAAAGCAGAAGAGGAAGAAGUUACAGUGGAAACGGUCGAUGAAUCAAUUUAAUUCCAAAAGAUAUAAUAAUUUUUUAAACUAUUGUAAUUAAUUGUGAUAUUUGCCAUAUUAUUCUCGUCAUUUUAAUAUUAAGGUCAAUAUGACAAUAUUUAUAGUUAGAAAUCAUGACACAGUGGUUAUAAACUUUUGUCUUAAUAAUUAUACCAAAUAAUGACUUUACAGUAAAUUGUAUAAAUUUUAAUAGUCUAAAUUAGUUAAUUAUUAAUAGUUACAAAUAGUAAAUUA